AAGGUCAAGUGUUUGUUUUCAAUUUUUGUUUGUUUGUUUAUGCAAGUGCUCUGAUUGUGACGUCACCAAAUUGAAGUACACUUCCGGAAAAUUUACGCUUUCGGUUUAACUCUACUUAUUACAGACAUUGCUUUACUUCCGGUUUGAUGUGGGAGUGUGUGGCAACCAACUUUAGCAAGUUUAUCAACUCGGACUUCGACUCGUCAAUCUUCUGAAUGUUCAAAACAAAUGUAAUCGCAAAAUUAGUGGAUUUCUUCUAGAAAAAAAGUGUGUCUUUUCGAACAAGCACACAAAUAAACCAUAUAUGUUCAAUAUGUAUAAUGACAAUCGUUUGUAAAGGCCCUACUUUAAUCUAACUGUCUAGACCUAACCCAGUCCUGAAAAGAAGGUCUCAUUUUUAAGCAGAUAUGGGGGACAUUGCUGUUUUGACAAGGCACCUGUAUAAGAGCUAUGGAAAAGGCAAAAACAAGCUGGAAGUCCUACGGGAUCUUGACAUGACUGUGGCACGAGGAACAAUAUAUGGACUUCUUGGUCCAAGUGGUUGUGGGAAGACAACUCUGCUGAGAUGCAUUGUGGGAAGACUACAGGUUGAUUCUGGAAAUGUCAUCGUUCUUGGCAACAGACCAGGUGCCAGAGGACAUGGGGUCCCAGGACAUCUAGUGGGGUACAUGCCUCAAGAAAUAGCCUUAUUUUACAAAAUGACAAUCGGGGAGACCUUGUCCUACUUUGGAAGAAUUCACAGGAUGUCAAGAGAGGACAGAGACAGUAGAACGGAAUUCCUCCUCCAGUUCCUGACUUUACCAGAAGCAAACAGACUCAUUGAAAAUUUAAGUGGUGGACAGAGGAGACGGGUGUCUUUAGCUGUUGCUUUACUGCAGGAGCCAGAGUUACUGAUUCUGGACGAACCUACAGUAGGGGUGGAUCCAAUACUCAGAGAAAAAAUAUGGGGACAUUUACUGAAUAUAACAAGACAAUUCAAUUCCAAGACAGCCAUCAUAAUAACCACACACUACAUAGAGGAGGCAAGGCAAGCAGACAAGGUUGGUUUGAUGAGGAAUGGAAAACUUCUUGCUGAAGAUUCACCUAAUACUUUAAUCAAUCUUUACAAAGAAGAUAGUUUGGAAACAAUAUUCCUGAAAUUGUGUCAUGCAGAUCAAAACACUCUCAGUAUGAAUCUUGUCAAGGAGAGUUACCAACCAAGUAAGCCAGUUAUGAAAAUGGUAAACACUGGACAUGAGGUGGCAGGGGAAACUACUCCACUACUCCUGCAUGACACCCAGAAUUUUGAUGCCCUGGUACAGGUUACAGAUGAAUGGCACUGCCCAGUAGGGUUACCAUCACCUAGAAAUAUAUUUACCCAGUUCCUGAAGAAUAUCAUAUUUAUGAAGAGAAAUAUAGGGUUUCUUUUGUUCCAGUUCAUUCUGCCUUCUAUUCAGAUCAUUCUGUUUUGUCUCUGUAUUGGAAGCCCUCCAUAUGGAUUAAAAAUGGCUGUUGUUAACAACGAAACACAAGGACUUGGACAAGUGUUUAUCUGGGAACUGGACAAUGAAACAAUUAGUAAGGUGAUGUACAAAGACAUGAAUGCAGCUCUAGAUUCUGUGAGGAGAGGAGAAACAUGGGGGGUGAUUGGUAUAGGGGAGAACUUCACUCAGGACUUACUCACAAGAUUUACCAAUAUAUCUGGUGUGGACAACAAAACGAUUGAGGGGAGCAGUAUACAGCUGUAUCUAGAUACCACCAACCAGCAGAUAACAUUAGAGAUAGAACAGUCUAUUACCAGUUCAUUCCAAGCCUUUUCUGAAGUAUUACUACAAUCAUUCAGUCUGAAUCCCAAUCUAGGACAGCUUCCUAUCAAGAUAAAUGAUCCUAUUUAUGGUAGCAAGGAUCCCAACUUCAGAAACUUUAUAGCACCUGGAAUAAUACUCAGUAUAACUUUUUUCAUGGCCACUGGACUUACAACUUUAGCGUUUGUGAUUGAGAAGAAGGAGGGUCUGUUAGAUCGGAGUUUGACAGCCGGAAUGUCUGCCUUCGAGAUUCUGCUAGCCCACGUCUUUACCCAGCUGUUUGUUCUCGUUGUGCAGGUGGCCCUGGUCAUGGUGUUUGCUCUGGCAGUUUUUGAGGUUCCUUACAAGGGCCCCCUGAUUUGGGUCAUUUUACUGGUCAUGGGUCAAGGAUUUUGUGGAAUGACCUUAGGUGUAAUUUUCUCAGCUGUCUGUGAGAACGAGUCGUCAGCAAUACAAUUGGCUCUGGGUUCUGUGUAUCCCAUGUUACUUCUAAGUGGGAUCAUAUGGCCCAUUGAAGCUAUUCCUGAAUGGCUAAGAUAUAUCAGUAUAUGUCUUCCUCAGACCUAUGCUGCAGAAGCAAUGAGAUGUAUUUUAAGUAGAGGUUGGACGCUGUUGGACAUGCCGGUAUGGAGGGGAUACCUAGUUAACACAGCCUGGAGCUUUGGUCUGCUGGCUCUGGCAGGAAUCAUCCUCAAAAUCAAGAGUUAAACCAGGGAGAUUAUCACUGACAGCACAAAAAACAGAGAGAUUAUUUAUAUAAUGACAGAUUUAUACCAAUAAAAUAAAACAAUUCUAACAGAAGAUUAACACUAACAAGACAAUCAAUUCUAAAUCAUUCCUUUGUUGUCACUUUUAUAAUAUAUGUUCAUUUCAUAGACUUUUUUUUAAAGUAUUUUUUUUACCCUUGUUAUCUUUGUAUACAUUAAGACAUUAUAUGUAUUUCUUAUUGCAAUAUUUUCUUUUUCAGUAGUGUAUUUUUAUUGGUUGACUUUGUAAUCCAGUUUUCUAAUAUUAUUAAUUUACCAGUAUUUAGAGAAGUUGUCUCCCUUCAUGUGAAGAUUUUAAUUCAGUAUAAUUUUGGGAGGAAUAUGUUAUCACCCUAUAUUUCCCCCAAGUCCUAAAUUUGUUGUGAAUUUAUUAUAUAAAAAUACACAUUGCUCACAUUAUUCUGUACGCAUACUUUCAGGCUUGUGAAAUUAUUAGUCAUUGUAUAUUCCAAAGAAAUUGCCUUCAAUUUUAUGAUUUUGGUUUCUAAUACCCGGUAGUGUAUAUUCUGUACAAAACACGAAAGUUGUUCCAAGGUGAUGGAAGAAUGUGCUUUCUGAGUGUAUAAAUCAGGAAUAACAUAACUCCAUUUUAAUACUUUACAAUACAUUCUCCACACAGUUUUCUCUAUGGUUUUGAACUAGUUCAGUGCAAUUUAAUUUUUUUUUAGAUACCGGUAUUAUAUUGCAAGCUUUAGAAAUAUUUCUUUAUUUGAGGUGAUGAAAUCACAUAUGUAUAUUACAAAGAGCUUUUAGAAAGAUGCAGAAAUGUAUGUUA